GCAGGCGCUGCGGUCAGCUGAGCGGCGCCCGGUGGGUCGCGAGGCCGCGCGUCACCGUCCGGCUGUCCGGUCGCCCCCCCCCCCCGGCCGGUCCCUGGUGGGCGUCGGCAUCCAGAGCUCUGGGACUGGGACAAGAUGCCAACGAAGCAGUGACCUGAGAGGAGCGAAUCCCGGCGGCCGGACCUGUUACCAUGUCCCAUCAACCUCUGAGCUGCCUGACUGAGAAGGGGGACAGCCCCUGUGAGACCCCAGGAAAUGGACCCCCCAAUAUGGUUCACCCCAGCCUGGACACAUUCACGCCUGAGGAACUGUUGCAGCAAAUGAAGGAACUCCUGGUUGAGAACCACCAGCUGAAAGAAGCCAUGAAGCUAAAUAAUCAGGCUAUGAAAGGGCGAUUUGAGGAGCUUUCGGCCUGGACAGAGAAGCAGAAGGAGGAACGCCAGUUGUUUGAGACACAGAGCAAAGAAGCGAAGGAGCGCCUGAUGGCCUUGAGUCAUGAAAAUGAGAAACUGAAGGAAGAGCUUGGGAAACUAAGAGAGAAAUCAGAAAAGCCAUUUGAAGGCUCCAUAAGUGGCUCCAGGCUCCCCAGGGCAGACUUGGAGCAGGAAGUAGAGCAGCUGAAGACCCAGGUGAUGCGCCUUCAGGCUGAAAAGGCAGACCUGCUGGGCAUCGUCUCAGAACUGCAGCUCAAGCUCAACUCCAGUGGCUCCUCAGAAGAUUCCUUUGUUGAGAUCAGGAUGGCUGAAGGAGAAGCUGAGGGAGCAGUGAAGGAAAUGAAGAACAGCAGUCUUAGACCUACGAGAACAGAUACCAUCAACAUGACCAAAUCUAUAGAAGAUGCCAGGACCUAUGUGGAGUUUGAGGAAUUAACUGUGAGCCAACUCCUGCUUUGCCUGAGGGAAGGAAACCAAAAAGUGGAGAGACUUGAAAUGGCACUCAGAGAAGCCAAAGAAAGAAUUUCAGAUUUUGAAAAGAAAGCAAAUGGCCAUUCUGAUAUUGAGACCCAGACAGAGGGGCACACAGAAGAGGAGAAUGAAGAGGACAAAGACCCAGAAAGUGUUGGAAGCGAAGUGGAAACGUUAAACGUUCAAGUGACCUCUCUGUUUAAGGAGCUUCAAGAGGCCCACACGAAACUCAGUGAGGCAGAGCUAAUGAAGAAGAGACUUCAAGAAAAGUGUCAGGCUCUGGAAAGGAAAAACUCUGCAACCCCAUCAGAGCUGAAUGAGAAGCAAGAACUUGUUUACAGCAACAAGAAGUUAGAGCUGCAGGUGGAGAGCAUGCGCUCUGAAAUCAAGAUGGAGCAAGCCAAAACGGAGGAUGAAAAAUCCAGGUUAGCCACUCUGCAAUCAACACACAACAAGCUUCUUCAAGAACAUAAUAAUGCACUGAAAACAAUUGAAGAACUAACCAAAAAACAGGCAGAAAAGGUGGACAAGACGCUGCUGCAAGAGCUCCAUGAAAAGCUGGAGCUGGCAGAGCGGGCCCUGGCAUCCAAGCAGCUUCAGAUGGACGAGAUGAAGCAGACCAUCGCUAAGCAGGAGGAGGACCUAGAAACCAUGGCUGUGCUCAGGGCUCAGAUGGAGGUGUACUGUUCCGAUUUUCAUGCUGAAAGAGCAGCAAGAGAGAAGAUUCAUGAAGAAAAGGAGCAGCUGGCCUUGCAGCUGGCAAUUUUGCUGAAAGAGAGCAAUGACUUUGAGGAUGGGGGCAGCAGGCAAUCCUUGAUGGAAAUGCAGAGCCGGCAUGGGGCAAGAACCAGUGACUCUGACCAGCAGGCUUAUCUGCUUCAAAGAGGAGCCGAGGACAUGAGUUGGGGACAGCAGCAGCCUCGGAGUAUUCCGAUUCACUCUUGCCCCAAAUGUGGAGAAGUUCUGCCAGACAUUGACACACUGCAGAUCCAUGUCAUGGACUGCAUCAUUUGAGUGUUGUUUCAGCUCCCCAAACUGUUGGAGAAAGAAAAUGUACCCGUCCUAAGGAGACCAUCUCUGGACCGACAUGAACUUACAAAGUAGAAUCUAGUUACUGCCCUUCCAAUCAGAGAUCCAGUGACUUCCCUCCUGAGAGUCACUAAGAGCAGUCAGCCGGAGUGACAUAUGUUAAGAACCUUUACGAGACAGGAAAAUGAAGUGGUCGGGAAAUGUGUCUGGAGCACUUUUCUAGGCAAGUCUUCACCUACAGACAUGUUGUUGUUUAUGUGUAAUUAUUCAGAAGCUUCCAUGUGGCUCUCUGCCUGAGCACUGUGGGCUUUCUGUUGCUAGCAGGCCAGGUGAGCGCUGGGAAUGCGGCUCAGGAGUGGAGUGCUUUCCUACAGCUGGUCAGUGUGACCACACCUUCAGUCUUUUUUGUACUGGAGGUGUAUGGGCUAGUAUAGCACAUAGUUUAAUUUUAAAUAGGGCAGCUCUUUGCUUCCCACAUGAAGUAGAAGCUUACAGACAUCAGUUAUCACAAAAUAAGAUUUUGCUACAAGUCUGUCCCAUGGCUCAUAUAUGACCAGUAACAUUGUAGUAUGUAUAUUAAGGUUAUUAAUAUAACCUUAAUACUGAGAUGUUUUAUUCAUGAUAACAGGAGCAGAUCCUUUUCAGGGGGUCAUCACCUGUUCAAUGAGAUUCCUGCUAAAAUGGUGAACAGAGUCAGGCAUGGUGGUGCAAAGCACACCUGCAAUUCCAGCACAUGGGAAACUGAGGCAGGAGAUCACCAGCUCAUGGCCAGCCAGGGCUACAUAGAAUAAAUAGGGAUUUGCCAUAUUUUCUGUAAAAAAAGGCUAGCAAGAACUAAACAGGUCACAAAAAUAAACAAUAUCAAGUCCUAAAACAUUUAAGAGAGCAUGAGAAGGUCUGCUUUGUUUUUGUUUAACCAUGAGAUCUCUAAAUACACACAGCUGUGUAUUUAAAUAGAGUCAAAACAGUUGCUUCAUCUCAAGGGAACAUCCUAUCCAAGUUACAGUUAUCUCCAUCCUGAACAGUUUCCCACACUGCAAGACAGUGGAACACUGUACUGGUUCAGCAGUGGUUGGGUUUGAUUCUCCCACUUGCACCCCAGAGACAAUGUUUGUUAAUGACAUUUCUAAAAUGAAGUGAAAUUUUUUCUUUUCUUAUAGUUUCUAGUACAAAUUUCUUUAUUAUUUUAUACUAGAUAAAGUAGGUUUCUGUAGUAUCCCAGAUAGAGGAGGAAACCAAAUAGUUUUACAAUGAAGUUACUGGGAAAAUCCUUUCAUUUUGUUCAAGUAUAAUUAUCUGGUAAAUCCAAACUGUGAAGUGAGAACUCAGUGGUCUUGAUAAGGCCAUUUGUUUGAUCAUGAAAAGAAUUAGAGGUGAAGGCAAGUUCAAAUGAAGACAAUUGGAGAGAUUUCUGUAUACCAUCUUUGUAGCAGCAUUUUCUGCAGUAGCUAGGAUACAGUGCACCUAGGUGUCCAUCAUCUAAAGAAAAUGCAAUACACAUAUAUAAUGAAGUAGUAUUCAGCCUUUAAGAAUAAGGAAAUCGUAUCAUUUUAACAUAGAUAAACCUGGAGGACAUCAUGUCAAAUGAAAUAAGCCAGUCAUAAAUACCACAUGAUCUCACUUAUAUGUGGACUCUGAAAAAAUUGAACUCACAGAUGUUGAGAGCUGAAUGGUGGUUAGCAGCACAUGAGGGAAGGUGUGAGAAGGGGGAGAAGAUGUGAUCAUGAAGUCUCAGGAGAGAGAUGCUGUAGUGAUCUACUGUACAGAAUAGUGGCUGCAAUAAUUUGUAUAGUAAACAACUUGUAAAUGCUGUGUGUGUUAUCUGAUUUAUUGAAUCUACUCUCUGUUCUAAGGCCUUGUUCCAUCUUACCAGUUACUACAAGUCAUAGGACCUUUGUGCAUGCUAUUUUCUUUCUUCCUUUUCUUUUUGGUUUUUUUGAGACCUGCUUUCACUAUGUAGCCUUGGUUGUCCUGGAACUCACCAUGUAGACCAAGUUGGCUUCAAACUCACAAAGAUUCCUUCCUCCUUCCUGACUGCUGGAAUUAAAGGCAUGCAUCACCAUA